CUUGAUUUGAAUUUCCCUCAUCUCAACGUGACGUGACAAAUUAUUGCCAAAGAUCAUACAAAAGAUACAAGGAUUUGAAGUGUAAACAACCUCGCCAUUAAUAACAAUGCCUCCCAAGAAAGCUGCCGCGUCAAGGAUUUCCGUCAAGCCAAAUGCCCUUGAGGGCGUCUCAGUCAUCAUAACUGGCGACAUUGAAGGUCAAACCCGCUCUUCCGCCAAUGAAAUUCUUUCAACUUCCGGAGCAAUUAUCGAGAAGAGCUUGAAUAAAACGGUACAGCUCGUUGUACUGGGAGAGAAUGCUGGCGACAAGAAGCUUGACAAAGUCAAUGAACUUGGCCUCGAAACGAAGGAGUGGGACGAAUUGAUCGAGGAGAUCAGAGCUGACGAUGAUCAAGACGAGGAGUUAGAGGACUCAGAACAAGAGGAUAAGCCAAAACGCAAAGACAAAGGCAAGGCUGGUACGAAGGCCAACUCUAGAGGGAAACCCAACCCACCUCCAGAGAAGAAGACAGCAUCCAUUGAGUCAGCUACUUCCCCUUCAAUUGUCGGGAAGACCGUGCUCAUCACCGGCACCGUCCCUGGUCACGACCGUAAAUCGGCCCAGAAAAUCGUCGAAGACGCAGGUGCGACAGUAGCAAAGUCACUCAACAAGCAGGUCGAGGUCGCAAUCUUGGGCACGAAUGCGGGCCCUGAUAAGUUGAAAAUAAUCGAGGAAUCUGGAAUUGAUACUAUCCGGUGGAAUGCGUUGGCUGCUGAGUUAGGCAUUGAAGUCCCGCCCGAGAAAGAGGUUGCAGAUGUUCAGUCUGGCGAGCCGCCAGACAGCAUUGACGAUUGCAGCGAUGGAUAUUCCAACGACAACGUUUGGGGCUUUGGUUGA